ACUUAAUCUGAACAUCGAACGGUUCACUUAUAGGAUGUGGACAUGGAACUGAGCAGAGAAGGGGAGAGAGGACAUUACCUUCUUUAAAAGUACUUCAUUCUCAGACGACGAUGGCCAUGGACUCCAGAAGAUCUGUUGGGAGGCUUGCCGAAUCAAUCCAAUCUCUCUUGGGAUUGAAGAAGCAUCAUACUCCCAGCUGGGCUGAUUCGGUUUGCAGCAUAAUCAAAAGCUUACCAUCUGAAAGACCAUCAGAAGACAAUAAGAACGAUAACAAAGAUGCUAAUUUGGGCAAAGCCAUCUUCAAGAUUAAAGAUGAACUAGACAACUUAACGACCAACAUUUACCAAUUGAACAUACAAAGAAGGCAGGUCCUCAAUGAUUUUCUGGACUUGAAAGGGAACAUUCGUGUAUUUUGCCGUCUGAGACCCUUCAUGAUUGGGGAGAAUUUAGAAAAUCCAAGAGUAGUAGCCGCUUUGGAUUCAAAUGGCGUGCUGCUAAAGUUUGCCGAGAAGAAGAGUAAACUUUACAAUUUUGACAGGGUUUUCCAUCCUAGUUCAUCACAAGAUGACAUUUUUGAGGAAGUUGAGCCAGUUAUCAAAUCUGCUUUGGAUGGUUAUAACGCAUGUAUAUUUGCAUACGGGCAGACAGGCACAGGAAAAACUUUCACAAUGGAAGGCACUCCAGAUUGUCCAGGAUUAGUGCCCCGUGCAAUUGAGGCGCUCUUCAAGCAAGCAUCGGAUAGUAACCACACAUUUCUCUUCAAUUUCAGUAUGAUUGAGAUUUACAGGGGCCAUCUAAAAGAUUUGCUCAUACCUCGGACAACAAGAGUAACAGAUCCUAUGCCACCUUGCCUUUCGAUCCACACAGAUACCAAGGGAGAAAUAGAGAUUGACAACCUUGUGACUAUCCAAGUGAACGACUACAACCAAGCAAUAAAGAUUUAUAGAUUAGGAUGUCGAUUCAGAUCUACUGCUUCUACGAAUUCCAACAUAUCGUCAAGUAGAUCACACUGUAUGAUUCGCAUGUCAAUGACUUGUUUUGAUGCUACGGAGAGGCGAAGGGAAACAAACAAAUUAUGGAUGGUAGACCUUGGGGGAAGCGAGCGUAUCCUGAAAACAAAAGCAUGCGGAAGAAGACUUGAAGAAGGAAAAGCCAUCAACCUCUCUCUUUCGGCCCUUGGAGAUGUCAUCAACGCUCUCCAAAGUAAAAAGUUCCACAUACCUUACAGGAAUAGCAAGCUGACACAAGUUCUUAAAGAUUCCAUAGGGGAGGAUUCGAAAACACUGAUGCUUGUCCAUGUCAGUCCCAAAGAAGAAGAUUUGUGUGAGACAGUAUGUACUCUAAAUUUUGCAACACGAGUGAGAAGCAUUCACCAAGGGAAUGAGGAAUCAACUGAAGCAAGGGCUCAAGAGGAAGUUGCAAUGACCAAUCUGCAGCAGAAGAUGAAACAGAUUGAAAAUAAGCGCCAUGAAGUUGGAAGGGAAAUUAAGAAGUUGAAGGAGAAAUUAGAAAAUCUCUUAAGGACACCACCACCUUCCACUGAUCAACUGGAGGAUACCCAUCUAUCAUCCCAAGUGCCACAACUUAAUAUAGAACCAGUGGAAAAAAUUGGAAAUGUUGCAGCAGCUCCCUCAUCAGAGUUACCAAGAUUUAUGAGGUCCACCAUUUGCAGUAGAAGAAAAUCUGGAAUAGAUCACAUUCCUUUAAAAAAGACAGACCUAGUUCCUGAAAGGAGAAGGUCAACAUCUCAACAUGCAGAAUCUGUGACUUUCCCCAUAAAGGAUUUAUCAGAAUACAAUUCAGAUAGCAGUAUAUCCAGAACAAGCUGCUUUGUGGGUUUGAACUUGAAAUGUACUGCAGAUAAUGAAACCGCAAACAGUCAAGAUACAUCCGAAUGUGAUGUCAAAAUGGUUAUUUUCCCAGAGCAGGGCCAAUCACUGAGGAAUUCAAAUCAUCAGACAGCUAAGCUUGUUUACUGUGAGGGACAUGGAAACAGUUUCCCAAAAUUCUUGAAGGUUAAAGAUUGGCUUCAAUCGCAUAAGAACACACCUAGUAUUAGAAGUCAAAAUCACCAGAGUAAACGGAUUCUAGCAAUCCCCACCCCAAAGAAGAAAAAUAAGGAUAAUGGGCAGAGAACAGAAGAGAAAUUACCUGAUGACAAACUUUAUGAUUAUCAGAUCACAAAGAGAAAGAUAAUGUUUGAUAAAUUUAAUAAACACGCUGAUGAGGAGACAGCUGGAAGGCUUAUAUCAGAAACGGUGACUGAUAUAACACCAAAAGUAUUGAAGGAUUUUGUCCAUGAAGACUCCAGAUCCAACUCCAUUUUCCAAUCUUGCAAAAGUGAUGGCAUAAUAAUGAUGCAAGCACGAAGUGUGGCAGAGGACAUGUUAAUUGAGGACAAAAAAUGCAGUGCCUCUACUCCACCUGAUAAGUGGUGUGGCAGACUAAAUAAAAAAGAGAAUGAUAAUGGAGUGAAUGAAAUCCCUAUGCAAGAGAUAACAUGUGAAACACAAUGUUUAGAGGCUUUCAUGUUAACUAAAAGCUGGGGCUGCAGUUCUUAUACAUCAGACAUUAACCGUAGUCUCAUUCGCUCGACAGAAGACUUAAAUGUUCCCGUCUCAGGAUCAGAACUAAUAUCACAGUGUCAAAUGGUGCCUAAUGAAGUGGGCAAAAACAGUGAAGAUGAAGACUUGAAUGUUUCUGCUCAACCAUCUGAGGCUGGGACCACAUCCUGCCUGUACAAAUUGAGAUCUCAUAGAGGUUUACUUAUCGAUACAGCAAAUGAAGAGGAUCUUACCAUGCCCUUCACUAAGUUACAAGAAAAUGGACAACAUACAGGAAUAUAUGAUCUCCUUAAACAAAAAAUUCAGAUUUUUUGCAUCAGUGCUCUUCUUGGAUUGGGAUUCCAGAGCUUUUUUGGAGAUGACUUCUUCUAUGCCUUAAUGCUUUGAAGUACCUAUAGCGGAUGAUAAGACUAUUUAGGUCAUUGAGCAUACACUUAUUGUCUAUUUUAGUCAUCUAGGACAGACUGGGAGUGAACAAACCUUCACAAAAAUCAAUCCCAUGAUCCAUCUGUCCUGUAAAUUAGGAAACAAGCUAAGAACAAUACACUAUGCAUGCACAUAUGGUCACCAGAUUAGUGUGAGAUUGAACCCUUAAAAAACCACAGUGGCAUAAUCCUUUUGUCCUAUGUGUAUGCUAACCACCUUCAACAAUUCAAAGUAAUGCACCAAGCAACUGUGCAUGCAAGAUGUUUUCAUUCACUAUAUAUAGAGUUUUUAUGAACUUCUGGGCCAACAUAUGUAGCUGGGACUGUCAAACUGAAGAAGAACACCUGGGCUUGGGUGGACAGCAUAAAAUUGGACAGCCAUUAUUAGGACAUAUAUGUGUGCCUAGUGUACUUAUGUUUCUGUAUGUAUGUAUGUAGUAGAUUCAUAGAGGUUAUAGUAAUAUGUCUAAACAAGUUGAGAGAAUUCAGUACUGUCUCGUAUACAGAACUUUUGCCAUUGAUCUACUUUUUCGUAUAUUGUUUCUAUUGUA